CCUCACUAACAUUCCCGCCAUUUCUUUAGUGGGACCUUAUACAUGAGGGCCCACUUAUGUACUCCAGUUCCAAGGUUCCGUCCAUACAGCCAGCCAUAUUGACGGAUACACAGUAGAUACAGCAUCAACAAUUUUACUCCCCAAGAGAGUUAGUUCUAUCUUUUUUUUUUUUUUUAAAAAAAAAAAAAACCAAUUAUCCCCAUGCUGUAGAAAUGAGAAGUUAUAUGAUUCCAGCAACUCUCCGGGAUGGAUCACAAAGAGGAGACUCCCCAUACCAGCAAGGUAGAACUUGUAGCUUCAACCGGGGAUACAACACGGCAUCUCGAAAAUAAUGAUGAUGGACUUCAGGGCUACUUCGAAACAGCCCAAUGGACCGCGGACGGCACCGCUCUCCUAACAUCGUCCUCAUCCAACUUGAUCUCCGGCUAUAUCGUGCCCGAAGACCUGCUCUCCCCUACGGCCAACCGGCCCCUCAAACUCACCCCCCAAGCCACCAUCCAACUCCCGGAACCAAGCAACGUCCUAGCCGGAGCGCCGUACUUCCGGCUCGCCGAGCCCUGGACCCAGCAACUCCUCGUCUCGAGCCGAGACCACCCCAUCCAGCUCUUUUACCUCUCCCCCUCCCCGUCCCCCGCAUCCAGCUACCCCCUAACGCAAGCCCGCUCGGAAACCUUCCUCACCGCCACGGCCCUCAUCUGGCCCUCCCCGGGCACGCACUUCGUAACUGGGAGCCGGAACCUCCUCGCGCGCUUCGACGUGACGCGCACGGGCGAGGACCCCGUCGUCCGCGUCAAGACCAUCCCCUCGGAGCGGCACAUCUCCAAGGGCGGCGGCGUCGGCAUGCGCGGCACCGUCUCCUCGCUGGCCGCGCAGCCGCCCGACGCCGACUUUGCGAGCCUCGUCGCCGCCGGCACCUGGACCCGCUGGGUCGGCCUGUACGACUUCGCGCUGCCCGCCGCGUCCGCCGCCGUCGCCACUUGGAGCGUCGCGAGCGCCGCGGCCCGCGACGCGCGCGUCGCCGGCGACGGCGUCGUCCAGACCCUCUGGAGCCCGUGCGGUCGGUACCUGCUUGUCGGCGAGCGCAAGGCGACGGGCGUGCUGGUGUACGACGUGCGGGUCACGGGGAAGCUGCUCGGGUGGUUGGCGGGCCGCGAAGCGCUUGGGAACCAGCGGAUUAGUUGCGACGUAUACCCCGGGCAAGACGGGGUUGGAGGGGGGGCAGCAGGUUUUGAAGUGUGGUCCGGGACGACGAACGGGACCGUGAAGAUGUGGGAGGGAGUCGGGACUCGCGAGGGCGCGCAUGAGCCGGCGUGGAGUUGGGAUGCUGCGAGGAAUUCUACUGUAGGAAGCACGUGUGUUCAUCAGAGCGGUACUGUGGUUGCUACUUGUUCUGGGUCCUGGGAGUUUCCGAAUGAUGAUGGUGGUAGUGGUGGAGAAAAUGAGUCUCUAUCGCAAGACACCAGCGACAGUGAUGAAAGUGAUAGUGCGGAAAGUGGCGGUACAAGUGAUAUUUCCAGGCCCACGUCACCUUGGAUGCGUAGGCGGCAUAAAGAAAGCGGCUUGAAGAUAUGGAGUAUAUUGAAUAACUCUGAGGAUGCAGAGCCCUAG